GCGUCAACAGAGGCGUCUCAUAGACUGCAAGGGUAGUAGGCUAGUAGCAGUUCUCUUGGAAAAAACCUCUCUUUUUUAUAGUCUUGGCAACUCUGACUGAAACCCUCCAAGAACCUUCCCUUCUCUUGCCUCUAGGCAUCUGUGCUCCCCUCCCAAUUCCUUUCUUUUUUAUUUUAAGCACUCCCUUCCCUACUCCACUUCUCUGCCCAACAUCUCUCUCUCUCUCUCUCUCUCCCCGCCGAGUCGACGACCACAAUGGCCGGGCAAGAUGAUGAAUUGCCUCAUGACAAUCUCCCCGGCUACGCUCUCAGAGGCAAAAUCAUGCUGAGCGCGAUAGUGAUCUUGUUCUUCGUUGUCAUCCUCAUGGUUUGCCUCCAUCUCUACGCCCGCUGGUACCUCCUCCGCGCGCGCCGUCGCAACAUUCGUCGCAAUCGUCGCCGCAACAACUUCGUUUUCUACGUGGACUCUAACCCCAACGCCUCCGCCGCCACAGUCACCGUCCCCACCCGCGGCCUCGACUCGUCCGUGCUCAAGGCCAUCCCAGUCUUUCUCUACUCCUCCAAGACUCACCCGGAGAAACCGAUCCCAGAGUGCGCUGUUUGCCUGUGCGAAUUCGAGGAGAACGAGACGGGUCGUACCCUACCCAAGUGCGGCCACAGCUUCCACAUAGAGUGCAUUGACAUGUGGUUUCAGACUCAUUCUACUUGCCCUCUCUGUCGGUCCCCCGUUGAAUCCGGUCACGCAUCCGAGAACCCGGCCGAAGUAGUCAUAUCCGUGUCUGAAUUGGCGGGAAUUGAAGCGGGAUCCAGCUCCGGUUUGUGCUCGGAUUGUCACCACGAAGGGGAGCAGACGGGUCAAGCUUCUUCAUCGAUUGCGACUCGAAGGAAACCCGUGGAGUUUGUGGGAGUCUCCAUAGAGGUCCCGAGCAGGAACGAGAGUUUCAGAGACGACUCGAUGUCUGACUCUCCGGCGAGUCAAGGUGGCUUCAGAUCGCCAAUGAGUCGCAUGUUGUCGUUGAAAAGAAUUCUCAGUAGAGACAAGAGAGGAAGCGUGUCGCCGUCCUCGGGGAACGCGGUGAGUUGUAGUUCGGUGAUCGAGUCGGAUAUUGAGCAUGGAGGGAACGAUGCGAAUCGGCAAACUCAGGGCUGACUCGGGUAUGGCUCGGUGAGCGACAAGGAUGCGUUAUCUAUUCGAGGUCUGAGGAAAAGACAUUCGGCGACCGUCAGUCUCCAGUCUGGAGGCCAAUUUGGGGGGGGGGAUUUGAUGUACACGUGGCAGUAUACGUUUUGUGCUAGACUUGUCUAGCAGCCUUGGGUUGACGUAGAAUGUUUGACCGUUGUAUAUAAUUACUAUCUCAGGUUCUCAUUCUCAGAUAUUUUCUCAGAUAUUUUGUUCCAUUAAAAAGU